UGGAGCCAAAAUGGCCGCCGCGUAGGUCAGUUGCAGCGUUCGUUUUGUUUGGCUGGCUCACCCCCUCCAGGUGGGCGGGGCCACUGCGGGGAGCUACAGUCACAUGAUCCGCGCAGAGCCAGGCUGACCAAUUCCAAUAUGGUGGCCAGCUUGGCAGGUCUACGGUUCCUGUUGAUGAUAUUGUUGUUCUGCGGGAUCAGGUACGGCGCCUGCAGCCGGGAAGCUCCGCCGGUCCUGGGGCUGCGACUGGAAGACCCGGCGCGUCUGGUGUGCAUGAAGGAUCGGAUCAUCUCGGCGCCAGAAGGAGCCACGUUCAAGCUCCGUCUCUUCGGGACUGAUCUGAAUGGAAGCUGGCCGUGGGUGGCGUUCGCAGGGGCAGCAGGCGGAGCGGCCGGGGCGGUCGGGGAUGCGCCCGACCCGUGCGGGCAGGAGUCCAGCCGUAAGGAGUCCGCUUUCCAGGUGACGGGGGAGUUCGUCCCGGACGAGGAGCACAGCGGGCUGAUAACGGUGCAGGUCCGGCAGAGAAACAUCUCCGCGGGAGCAGCUGGCGGCGAGCAGACCUACCACCUGUGCGUGCUGAGCGGAGGGAAAUGGGCUUCCGUGGGCCCGGACAGACUGCGGAUAAACACCGACAAGGGUCUGCCCGCAGAACACAUCCCGCCGUGGGGUCUGGCCGCGCUGAUAGUGCUGCUGCUGCUGGUGUGCGGGCUGCUGAGGACAGUGAACCUGAGCCUGCUGUGGCUGGACCCGGUGGAGCUCUAUGUCCUUCACAGCUGCGGAUCCGAGGAGGAGAAACGGGCCGCCAAGCGCCUGGAGCCAAUCAGGAGGAGGGGGAACUUCCUGACCUGCUCUCUGCUGUUCCUGUGUGCGGUGGGACACUCGGUCCUGGGUGUGCUCCUGUACCGGGCUCUGGGCUCCAUCCUCUCCGCGGUCUUCACCAGCGGCUUCCUCAUCUUCUUCCUGGCUGAGCUGGCUCCUCACAUCCUGUGCUCUGGUUAUGGCUUCCAGCUGGCGCCGGCUCUCACCUGGCUGGCCCAGGUUUGUUUGGUGCUCACCUGCCCCCUGUCCUGCCCCCUGGGGCUGAUCCUGGACCUGGGUCUGAGGAGGGACAUCAGCACCUGUGGGAUAAGAGAGAGGGCGAUGGAGAUGAUCCGCACGAGCAUCAAUGACCCUUACAGUGAGUUUGUGAAGGAGGAGUUCAGCCGCGGGACGCUGCGCAUCAAGACGGUGGAGGACAUCCUGACUCCUCUGAAGGACUGCUUCAUGCUGCCCAGCUCGGCCGUGCUCGACUUCUCCACCAUGUCUGAGAUCAUGCAGAGCGGAUACACCAGGGUGCCCAUUUACGAGGAGGAGAGGUCCAACAUUGUGGAAAUCCUGUAUGUGAAAGACCUGGCUCUGGUGGACCCAGACGACUGCACCCCCAUGACGACUAUCACCAAGUUCUACAAUCACCCGCUGCACUAUGUCUUCAACGACACCAAACUGGACGCCAUGCUGGAGGAGUUCAAGAAAGGCAACUCUCACAUGGCCAUCGUCCAGAAAGUGAACAACGAGGGGGAGGGGGAUCCUUUCUACGAGGUGCUGGGAUUGGUCACUUUAGAGGACGUCAUCGAGGAGAUCAUCAAAUCAGAGAUCCUGGAUGAAUCCGACGGCUACUUGGACAGGAAAGUGAAGCGGCCCCUCCCUCAGCUGGAGAUCCCUCUGGAGCCUCGCAGCGUCCACGAGGAGUUCUCUCUGUUCAAGCCUCCCGAAGGAGAACCCAAGAUCCGCACCUCGCCGCAGCUGCUGCUGGCGACGCACCGCUUCCUGUCCAGAGAGGUGGAGCACUUCAGCCCCGCACGUGUGUCAGAGAGGGUCCUGUUCCACCUGCUCCGUCACCCCAGUGUCAACCAGGAAGUGCACUUUGACCCCGGCAACCGGCUGAGCCCGGCCCACUAUCUGUACACCCGCAACCACCCGGUGGACUACUUCAUCCUGCUGCUGCAGGGCCGCGUGGAGGUGGAGAUCGGAAAAGAGGGGCUGAAGUUUGAAAAUGGCGCGUUUACGUACUACGGUGUUUCUGCGCUAACGCUGCCAUCUUCAGUGCACCAGUCUCCAGUGUCGACCCAGCGUCACUCUCCCAGGGAUCCCUUUGAGUCAGCAGACGCCACCAGCCCGUCCAGCUAUUGUCCCGACUACACCGUCCGAGCUCUCACCGACCUGCAGCUCAUACGGGUGACACGUCUCCAGUAUUUGAACGCUCUCAUGGCGUCUCGUGCCGGCCAGAGUCCAGAUCCUCCUGAGAUUAAGAUCCUGCCCAACAGUCAGACCAAGCUGCUCAACGACAGAAACACCACACAAGGUGGCAGUAGAGCCCAGGAAAGCUCCACAGAAGAGGAGGCUCAUGGGUAGUGCUGUUCCUUCUGCCCGCUGUUAAAACAAACAAACACCUGCUUCAACCUUUUUAGAGAUUUUUUUGUUUGUUUGUUUGUUUUUGUUUUAUUUUGAAAUUGAUGAAUCAUCUAUGGCUGGAACGUAGUUUUUGGACACGACUGGAGUGAGAGUGAUUUUAUUCGUCUUGUUGUGUAGAUCCUCUGCUCACACUUCUCACCUCCAUCCCCCAUUCCUUCAUGUGCUUUCCAUUACGAUUAUUAUUUUAUGUUGUUUUAUACACUUGAACAAUGGCGUAUAGUUAUAUAUAUAUAUAUAUAUAUAUAUAUUCUAUAUAACAAUUUUAUUUUGAUUUGGCGGUGCCUUUCUUCCAGGUUUAGCCUUCCAUACUGAACGCUGCAUUGCCAUUCCUCACUUUUGUCUGGGUGCCAAAGCUGUGUGUGUGUGUGUGUGUGUGUGUGUGUGUGUGUGUGUGUGUGUGUGUGUGUGUGUGUGUGUACUGAAGUGUCCGUCCAUUUGAGACUCUAAAAACACUCGAGCUGGUUAAAAGCAGAUUUGCACAUCAGAGUUGUGCACUGUUGAUAAUAUGAAGCUAAUCUACGAGCUGUAAGGUACGUCCGGGCUUCAGACCCUCACGUAACAUUUCUGUCAGACAUAGAGAAAAACAAUAAGUUCAGGUUUGAUCUUUGAAUGGACGAUUGCUGGUUUGUACUGUAAAUAUUCAAGUUAGAAACAGUGAGGUGUGAAGGACUUCCAGAUUUGCUCAGGAUCUAAUGCAAACUGAAAAACUCCUCGCUAACAAAGACACUUUAAAAUAUUUACAGUGAUGCUUAAAUUAAAUUAACAGAAGUUCAAAAUGGCCAAAAGAUGAACCUAAGAGUUGUUUUAAUUAGGGCGGAAACAAUUAGUCAGUAGUCAGAAAAUUAAACAGCAACUAUUUUCAUGAUCCAUUAAUCAUUUUUGUUCUUUUUGGAGCAGAAAUGCAAAACUUUUCCCCGUUUUAGCUUCUCAGUUUUGAGCAUAUGCUGCUUUUCUUUCAUUUGUAAGUAAAAUUUACCUGUAUAUCACUUUCUGUAGACAACAGUCACAAAGGGCCUUCCAGAUACAAAAAACUAAACAGUAAAGAUCAGUGGAAAAACAUAAAAAAAAAACAAUAAAACACAUAAGAAAGCACUACACCGGCCCAUUAAGUGCUUUACAGAGCCAUAAACAAUUAGACUCAGUCAAUAGGAUUAGAAACACACCACACAGGGAUACAAGAAAGUAUCCAGUGAAAUAUACAGAGUUUAUCUUUAAGUGCUUUUUAAAUGCAUCCACAGAAUUAGCAAAACGUUUGUGUGAUGAUAAACUGACAAAACAGACAUUUGCAGGCGUCAGGAAACCAUGACGACGCAACUUUUCCUUUUUUUUCCUCACAUUUUAUGGCUCAAAUGAUUAACGAAGAAAAUAUGUGGAGACUUGAUAAUGAAAAUGGUUUUUAGUUGCAUCUGUAGUUGUAAUCAAACUCUCAGACUGAGCUCCAAUUAUCGAGUUCUAUACAAGGAAUUGUACUUUGAUAUCCAGUAUGUGUCAGCGGCGAGUGGUUGGUGGGGCCGGGUAUCGAACCUCAGUGUUUUUCUUUUUUUGGGUAUCAACCAAAAUAUGUGAUGAAAGUUUUUUGGUCGAAUUUGUAAUUUUGUUUUAUGUUCAAUCAAAAUUUAAUCGGUUUUUAGACUGUCCCUGUUCAGGCAGUGUUGUUGUACAGCUUCUUAUAUAUUUAACAUUAGAGAAUUGAACAAACAUGUUUUUAAACAAUUUAAGAAAAGUUGUUUGAUUUAUUUAUUUUUGAUUAGUUGAUCAGAAGAACACUGACAGACAUCGGUUUUAUGAUUGAUGAUUAAUCAAUUCAGUCUGUUUUCAUUGUUUUCCAACAUUUUAUAGACAAUAUGAUUAAUCAAUAAAAUAAUCAGCACAUUGAUUGAUAAUAAUAGUAAUGUAAUGUUUGUUACACAUGUUUGUAUCUGUCAAUGUAAAGUGCUGGAUCUCAGGUAUUACAUCAUCACUUGUAUAAACUAUUUCGGUGGAUACCCAGCCCUGCCGGUCCGUCCCAUCUGAGUGAAGUUACUGUAGUUUAUCACCAUAAAAACAAAACAAUUGAAAUAAUUUUGAUAAUUAAUCAUUUGUCAAACAAAAAUGACAAAUUCUCUGAUUCCAGAUUCUCAAAUGUCGGAUUAUUUUCUUAUCUUUUCACCAUUUAAUGUGAUUAUAAAUGACACAUCUUUGGGUUUUAGACAAAACUCUGCUGAGUAUUUUUCACUGUAUUCUCACCCUUUGUAUCCGAAAUGACCAAAAUAAUCAAAACAUAUUGAGAUUAAUGGAUAAUGAAAAUAAUUGCUACGUACAGCUCUAUGCCAUGUUCCUGUCCUGGGGAGUCAGUCCGUCUCUCAGAAUGUCGUUAGUCUUUAUUUUGAUCCUCGUUAGCUCCACUAGGUGGUCGCUAUACGUCCUAGAGAAUAAAACAACCCUUAGAUGAAAAUAAGUGAAAAGCUGUAGAAUCACAAUAGAAACUAACAAUGAAAACAAAAACUAAAUAAAAAGCAACAUUCUUCUGUUGACAAUAAGUGAAUAGAGAAUAUCUGAGUACAGACAUGUAUUUAUCAAAGACAGUAGGUGAGGAGUUUAAGCCAAAUACUUUUUUUUCUUUUUCUUAAUUUCUUAAUAAAACAAAACAUAUAAUCAGAUAUAAUCAGAUAUACAUUCCUUCACAACAUGUUUCGCCAUUUAUCACCUUAAAUGUACAUUAUACAGAAGAAAAGGAGGAAAAAUAAAAUAAAAUUGUUACACAAAUUAAAAAUGAAGUUGAAAUAACAGGGGAAAUACAGCUAAGAUGCCGAUUUGAAUAAGACCUGAAUCUGUAGGAAACAGGAUUCACAAAAAAGUUUAGAGCAUCAUUUAUUCCUAGUUUUCCCAGUUGUUUCUCCGCUGUCUUCUCUUGUUUUCUUCCACUGUACCAACAUCAGUAUUUUAUUCCCUCUGAGCCUGUGUGUGUGUCCAGCAGAGGGCGCUGUGACUCUGACGCCUGCACCGCCACUCACUGUGUCAUUUUAACCCUGGAACUGGAAAUCAGAUUAACAGUGAACUGGUACACGUGGUCAGAGUCAGCUGUUCCCGUCCUGCAGUUAAACACCCAGUCAUCAACCUUAAAGCACCUUGUUGGUUUUCAAUUCUGUUAACAUUCCAGUACAUCUCACAUCUGUGUGUGAGUGUAUGUGAGUGUGUGUGAGUGUAACAAACAAUAUUUCACUUAUACACGUCACAUGGCAUCCAGCCAUCACCACAGCUCCAUCAGCCAUACUGUAUGUUGAUAUCCAAACAUGCAUUUCAAGCUUCUGUCAGUCAGUGUUGCAUGUGUGUGUGUAAACAUGUUGAAUACGUCAUUAACGGCCUCUUAAAUAAUAACCUUUCCUGUGUUUGUACAUUAACACGUUAACGAUGAGGAUUAAAUUAGCGAGGUCGACUCUUUUCUGUGAGGCGUUCAGCAAACAUCAGUGUUUUUUAGUGGACAGUUUAUCAAAUGUGUUUCAAUGCAACACUCGCAGGAAGUGAAGGUUCGCUGUAUAUCAGUCAGUUCAUACGGGUUGUGAAGCAACUCCUGUGACUACACUGUAAAAAAAAAAAAAAGAAAAGUGGACUUGAGUUUAAGGCGAGGGGUACGUUCAAAAACAACUAGUUUGUAAUGUUUGACCAUGACCACAGUGGGAGGAAAUAACUGUCUAAAUACGACGAGAACGGUGUACAGAAUUGACAACAAUCUAUUACUUAAAUUAAUAAGUGACUAUUUUCAUAAUAAAGUGUUUAAGUCGUUUUUUAAUCCAAAUAUUUGCUGCUUCCAGUUUCUCACAUGUGACUAUAUUGUAGUAAAAUUCUUAUGAAUAGAACUUUUCAAAAUAAUGUUACAACUUGCUGUCCAUCAUGUCAAACUGAUGGGAGUAAAAAACAAAACAACAUGAUUACCAAAAAAUUAAAGAAAAGAAGAAAAAUGUAAAUGUUAAUACACAAUGAAGGAAAACACUGAAGGAACUAGACACUCCUCCCACUUCACGUAUCACGUAUCCCUCUGCCGCAGCUCAGCAAGAAAAUGAGCAGGGAAUUUUAAACAAAAAAAAAGAGACUAAACUCUUAAAUUAAUCUUUUUUUAUUUUUUUACAGUGUGGUUGCAGCACCAGAAGGGGGGGGGGGUGAUAUGUGAGUGUUGUGUUACAAUAACCUGUGAGUACCUGCAGGGUCCUUGCAGAGUGGACUCUGCACCAGACGUGUGACAUUACCACCUUUUCUGAUUUCCAUGUGUGUUUGAUUUGUUCACUGGCGUCACUCGGGCGUUCUGCUGUUUGUGUUCCAUGAGGAUUCGUCUCUUUUUCACUGUGUGAUUCUGAGUAAAUAUUUUUCAGCUGGUCUUUUCUUCAAUUUUGUUUUUGUUGUAAUACGUUUGUUUCUAUGGUAUCAAAAGACUGAAUGUACAAAAGAUCAUUACUUUGUGCUACUUAUACUGAUGGAGAGAUGUGUUUUGGGUGGGGAGGGAAGGGGAGGGGUGUUUGAUGAGAGCUGUGUAUUAAUAUAUGACUGAUUAGAUAGGGUAUAAUUGGAGGAUGUAGUUUAUUGGUAAGCGAGUGUCAGUUUUCAGGUACAACACUGUUACCACAGGAGUUAUUGAGAACUGAACGGUUGCAUCAGUUCCUCUUUCUGUCACAUUUGUAGAGAAUCUCUCUGCUUUUUUUGUUUUUUUUUGGGAAUGCUGCCGGUUUCAGGUGCAUUGAGACUCCACUGCAUUUAACACUUUCAAUAAGUUUCUUAGGUAAUAAACUCAAUCCUGUUCUAAA